CGGGUGUGUCUGGCACCGCAGAGGAGGAUCUGCCUCUGUCCUACAUGUGCCUCAGCCAAUGCCAUGGCCUGGGAGUGCCCUGCCCAGCUGCUCUCACCUGCAAAGCCAAACUUAAUAUGCCAAGUACAGGAUGCCAAGCCCACGGCUGCCCAAGGAGGACAUCAUCAGCCUGGCCUCCCGGUCUGCACUGAGCAGAUACCUCUGAUCCCUGGGCCAAGCAGAAGGCAACUGUGGACAGCCUGAAGGGCUGGCUGGCUCAGAGACCACCAGCCUUGCUUCCAGCUCGCCAGCAAGAUGUGGACAGCCCUGGUGCUGGUUUGGAUUUCCUCCAUGCCCUUAUCUAGAAGCCAUAGCAUGACUGAGGAGCCGCUAGCGACCAAGGUGUGGCCUAAAGCUGUGAACCAAAGCAUGACUAGGGACACAGGUCCGAGAACAGCCACAGUGCCGCCUGCUCUUGUCACGCCAACCACGGGGACCUGGGCAGCUAGCCCGAACUUGACCAGAGUGAAAGCAGAGAUGACAACACAGUGGACAAACACGAGCACUCUGACCACCAGAGAAGGCACGAUGGGCAGAGUGACCUCCAGUUCCCUUACACCAUCUCCAUCAUCAGGGCCCGAGACUGUGGGGCCAUCUCCACCCACCACCACUGCUGGGCUUCCCUCUCCCAGCAUUCCACAUGCAGAAUUGCCAAGUGAAGAUGCCAGCACAUCACUAAGAACAGCCACAGUGGCAACAGUGGCCCCACAUACCACGACUGUUGCUGCAGGCACCAUAAACACAAGUGGUCCCACAAGGAAUCUGAGUCCUGCCGAAAGCACACCUACUAACACAUCCACCAUGAGCCCCAUCCCCACUUCAGGUGCCCAAACCCAAGGUACCACCAUCCAGGUGACAACAGAACAGCCAGUGCAUAGCACAGCUGGCAGCUCAACACCUGGUCCUUCAAAUACCACCCUGGAGCCCACCACCACCAGCUCUGUGGCUUCAACAGCAGUAGUGACCACCACUCAGAUACAAACCAAGGAGCCAACUGCCAGCACAAUGCCAGUGCCUCCUACCAGCCCGACCCCAGAAGUGGAAGCCACAACCCUCACCACACAGUCAAGCCCUGCAUUAUCUACCCAGGGGAUAGGUGGGCCAGGCACACCCCUGACAACAGAGCGGGUGGAGACCAAAGCCCCAGCUGGUACUGCCUCUGCUGGGCCAACACCCAGGAGCUCCAGGGACCCUAAGGUGCCAACCACAGACUUGUGUCAGCUCAGCACCCAAGGCCAGUACCCUGAGCCCCUUACCCCAUCCUUAGUGAACAAAAUGUUGCUUCUGGUGGUGCUCCUUUUGGGGGUGACCCUGUUCAUCGCAGUCCUGGCAAUGUUUGCCCUGCAAGCCUAUGAGAGCUAUAAGAAGAAGGACUACACGCAGGUGGACUACCUGAUCAAUGGCAUGUAUGCAGACUCGGAGAUGUGA